UAAAAGGGAAGAGUGAUGGCAGAAGGCGAUGAAUCGAAGAAGCGAAGCGGCGAGAUGGCGGUGAAAUCGUAUCCGGAAGUGAGCGAAGAGUACAAGACGGCGGUGGCGAAGGCCAAGCGGAAGCUCCGUGGCUUCAUUGCGGAGAAGAGCUGCGCCCCGCUCAUGCUCCGCAUCGCAUGGCACUCGGCGGGGACGUACGAUGUGAGCACGAAGACAGGAGGGCCGUACGGGACGAUGAAGUUCCCGGAGGAGCAAGCUCACGGCGCCAACACCGGCCUCGACAUCGCCGUCAGGCUUCUCGAACCGAUCAAGGAACAGUUCCCCAUCCUCUCAUAUGCUGAUUUCUACCAGCUCGCCGGUGUUGUUUCCGUCGAGAUCACUGGUGGGCCAGAAAUUCCUUUCCAUCCCGGACGGGAGGACAAGCCGCAUCCUCCUGAGGAAGGGCGCCUCCCUGAUGCCACAAAAGGUUGCGACCACCUCAGGCAGGUGUUUGGUGGGCGAAUGGGUCUUAAUGAUCAGGACAUAGUUGUACUCUCUGGUGGCCACACUCUGGGAAGAUGCCACAAGGAGCGUUCUGGAUUCGAUGGACCCUGGACCACCAAUCCCCUCAUCUUCGACAACUCCUUCUUCAAGGAGUUGCUAACUGGCGAGAAAGAGGGUCUUCUCCAGCUGCCUUCCGAUAAGGCUCUUUUAGACGAUCCUGUCUUCCGUCCCCUGGUUGAGAAAUAUGCUGCUGAUGAGGAUGCUUUCUUUGCUGACUAUGCCGAAUCACACUUGAAGCUUUCGGAAUUAGGAUUCGGAAUUUCGGCUUGAGGAACUCGGUCAGUUAUUUCUGAAUGAAUUGACGUAUGCGCAAGGAUUCAAGGUUCUUUUUAAUAAACGUUUAGCAGAUAGUAAAUGUUCAGGUUUUGGCUUUACUUCUCUACCAAGAACAGUUGUUGAUUUGAUUUCGUAUGAAUGCCGUCCAUGUUGCUUUAUCAUAUGAAUGUUUCUGGUUUGAAUAAGAGCAUGGGUUUUCGCUAUA